UGAGAACAAUUUCAGCACGUUUGUAUUGCGUGCUGAAAAUGUCAGUUCUAUUAUGAGUAUAAUAAUCUCAGCACGCGACACCGGCUAUUUUGGAAUUAGAAUGUCCCACCAGCUGUACGUAUGCGACGACACACCAAACAUUUCCUCUGCCUCAUCUCUGCAGUUGAGUGACAGUCUGUGUGAACGAGGAGGAGCAAACAGCAAGUGGGGAACUAUAGCCAAAGAGCAUUUUAACGAACGCCUAGUUCACCUUGAUUUGAAAGGGGCUCCUCCGAGGAUGCAAUAUCUGAUACAGCUUUUACCUCUUUUCAAGAUCAUGGGAGCUACUGGUCUGUUGGUCGAAUAUGAAGACACGUACCCGUAUGUUGGUGAUCUCCAGCUGCUGCGUGGUGAUGACGCCUACACUGAAAAGGAAAUUGUUGAAUUUCUCAAGCAAGCUGAUGAUAGUAGAUUACAUGUUGUACCAUUGGUACAGACAUUUGGUCACUUGGAGUUUGUACUAAAACAUGACAAAUUCAAGAAUUUACGAGCUACUCCUGAUAAUCCCACGUCGUUGUGUGUGAUGAACAAGGGCUCUUUGCCACUGGUGAAAGAUAUGAUUAGCGAUAUCAUGAGAUUACACUCUAAUUCCAGAUUUGUUCACUUGGGUGGAGAUGAGGUUUAUAAUCUGGGUGACUGCGGACUUGACAAGGAUUCAGGAUUGACUAAAGAGGCAUUGUAUGCGUAUCACAUGAAGCCCGUGCUACAAUUUGUGAAAGACCAGUUCUCAAAUGUGAAGCCAUUUAUUUGGCAUGAUAUGCUCAGUCAGUGGUCGGAAAAUAGACUGCGAGAGAUGGCAGGGCUUGUAGAGCCAAUGGUGUGGGAAUAUCGUCCAUCUGUUGAAAGGUCUGUGUCGACAGCUACAUUACAACGGUUUUCUAAUGUUUUCCCUUGUAUUUGGGCUGCCAGUGCAUUCAAAGGAGCCAGUGGCCAUAGUGCAGAUUAUGUGCCAGUUGCCGAACGAAUUCAAAAUCAUGUCUCGUGGUCUAGGAUACUGCAGUCAUUUCCUGGUCCAGGUAAAUUAGUUGGUAUCGCUCUGACAGGGUGGUCUCGUUAUGAUCACUAUGCCCCAUAUUGUGAACUUCUUCCCGCUGGUAUACCAUCUUUGGGACUUUGUUUGUCAACUCUGACAUCUGGAUAUCUUACUGACACAUCUCAUAGAAAAAUUUCGAAAGAGCUUGGCAUUCCGUAUCCAAUACCUUUGGACAAAACAGAUUCUCUGACCUUCUCAAAUGAUAAGGUAUUCGAAGUUGCAUGGGGUUAUGAAGUAUAUCAGUUGUCUCUAAAACUUGCUCAAGCUCGACAUAGACUUGAGGAGGGAAUCGAGGUUGAACAGUGCUGGUCGUCAUUGUGGCACAUUGAGCACAAUUUUGUGAAUUAUCAUAAACUAAUUGAAGCGAAAGAAAGUUUGAUGAGUGCUCUCAGAUUGUAUGAGAAUAUUGAGCAAGAAGCUGGUGAUGUGCUACCAAAAUUCUACAGUGAAACGACAACAGCCGAGUUUCAGAAAUCAAAAGUACAUGCAGUCUUUCUUUAUAUCAAACAACUUCUUUCAAACUUAGAGAAUAAGAUAGACAAGUUUGCUGGGAAGGCAACCCAAUGAUGUGUCUCACAUAGCAUGCACAUAUAAUGAGGAUGGAUCUAUAUUUUAGUGUA